CUUCUUCUUCUUCUCUGCUCGCGGACCAGCCGUCUGUCCUCCAUGACACUUUUGUCUUCAUCUGAGCGAACAACAAAGCGUCCAUCUUUACGAACGCCUCCAGCAAACUUCCUGUCCGAGCCCGCCACGUCCACGCGCGCGCGCGCCCCUCCAUUACCACGACGACACGCACGCCGCGGUGGGCGCGCACUCGAGUGUGUGGGGGCGCGCACGGGAGGAGCGUCAGGACAGAGAUGUAGUGUGUGUGGAGCAUCAUGCACCUCCUCCUCCUGCUGAUGAUCCUGCACCCCCCAGCAGCCAUCGCACAGAUUGAUCCAGCGCACUGUCGCUAUGCCUUGGGCAUGGAGGAUGGGCGGAUCAAGGAUGAUGACAUCACAGCUUCCAGCCAAUGGCACGAGACCACAGGGCCGCAGUACGCCAGGUUGAACCGUGAGGACGGCGACGGCGCCUGGUGUCCCGAAGGUCAACUGGAAGCGACCGACUCCCAGUUCCUGCAGGUGGACUUGCGGCGUCUCACCUUCUUGACGGUGGUGGCCACUCAGGGGCGCUACGCCAGGAACGGCAUCGAGUUUGCCCACGCCUACAGCCUCAACUACAGCCGGGACGGUGUCACCUGGAAGUCAUGGACCAACCGCCUGCGAAACAUGGUGAUGGAAGGCAACAAGAACGCUUACGAGCCCGUCAUCAACGACCUGCACCCCCCCGUGGUCACGCGCUGGGUGCGCCUCAUCCCGCUCACCGAGCUGUCUACCGUCUGCAUGAGGGUAGAGCUUUACGGCUGUCCGUGGGAGGACGGCCUGAUCUCCUACAGCGCCCCCGAGGGUCAGCUGAUGGCGCCGCCCGGCUUCCCCGUGGCCAGCCUGAAUGACUCCACCUACGACGGCGUGCGCGAGAAGAGGCGGUUGUUUGGCGGCCUGGGCCAGCUGACGGACGGCGUGACGGGCCUGGACGACUUCCUGAUGACACGCCAGUACCACGUGUGGCCCGGCUACGACUACCUGGGCUGGAAGAACCACUCGCUGGGCGGCGGCGGCGGACACGUGGAGAUGGAGUUUGUCUUCGACCGGCAGAGGAACUUCACCUCCAUGAAGGUCCACAGCAACAACAUGUUCGCUCGAGGCGUCAAGAUCUUCUCCUCCGUCUCCUGCUGGUUCAAGCCCCGCCUGCUCGCUAACUGGGAGGCGGAGCCUGUGGUCUUCAACACGGUGCUGGACGACCGCAACCCGAGCGCACGCUACGUGACCGUGCCGCUGGAGCGCCACACCGCCGUGUCGCUGCGCUGCCGCUUCUACUUUGCUGACGUGUGGAUGAUGUUCAGCGAGAUCUCCUUCCAGUCGGAAGACUCCAUCUUAGCCGCCACGCCGCCAUCGGCAAGUGACCACAGCACCGUCACGGCCACGCCCGCCGCCAAUCCCUCUGCCAGCGACGCGCCCGAUGACGGCAAGACGCCUGUUCUGAUUGGCUGCCUGGUGACCAUCAUCCUGCUGCUAGUCAUCAUCAUCUUCCUCAUCCUGUGGUGCCAGUACGUGUGCAAGGUCCUGGAGAAGGCUCCACGCAGGAUCCUGGGCGAGGAGGUGAGGGUGCGACUGUCGUCCUGCAGCGACACCAUCAUCAUGCAGACCCCACCUGUGCCCCCCCGCUCUGGACACGCCCCCGCAGGCCCCGCCCAAACGGACCCUCACUACGAGAGGGUGUUCCUGUUGGACCCUCAGUACCAGAACCCGGCGGCGCUGAGGAACAAGCUGCCGGAACUCUCCCAGAGCGCGGAAGCCUCAGCGUGCGGGGGGGGCUACGCCGAGCCCGACAUCACCCAGUGCACGCCGCACCAGUGUUUCCAUAGCAACGCCCCCCACUACGCGGAGACGGACAUCGUGCGUCUGCAGGGCGUGACGGGCAGCAACAUGUACGCCGUGCCCGCCCUCACCGUGGACUCGCUCACCAGGAAGGACAUCUCCGCCUCCGAGUUCCCGCGGCAACAGCUGAUCUUCCGGGAGAAGCUGGGGGAGGGGCAGUUUGGAGAGGUCCACCUGUGCGAGGCCGAGGGGCUGGCGGAGUUCCUGGGCGAAGGGUCGCCCCUCCCUGACAGAGACGGGCGUGCCGUGCUGGUGGCGGUGAAGCAGCUGAGGGCGGACGCCACCAUCCAGGCCAGGAACGACUUCCUGAAGGAGAUCAAGAUCAUGUCUCGCCUCAACGACCCCAACAUCAUCCGGCUGCUGUGCGUGUGCGUGACCUCUGACCCCCUGUGCAUGGUGACAGAGUACAUGGAGAAUGGCGACCUCAACAUGUUCCUGUCUCAGCGUGAGAUGGAGAGCACGCUGACGCACGCCAACAACAUCCCCUCUGUCAGCCUGUCGGACCUGCUGCACAUGUCGGUGCAGAUCUCCUCGGGGAUGAAGUACUUGGCCUCACUCAACUUUGUGCACCGAGACUUGGCCACCAGGAACUGUCUGCUGGACCGCCGCCUCACCAUGAAGAUCUCAGACUUUGGCAUGAGUCGUAACUUGUACAGCAGUGACUACUACCGCAUCCAGGGCAGGGCUGUGCUGCCCAUCAGGUGGAUGGCCUGGGAGAGCAUCCUGCUGGGUAAGUUCACCACGGCCAGCGACGUUUGGGCCUUUGGAGUCACCUUGUGGGAGAUCUUCACGCUGUGCAAGGAGCAGCCCUACAGCCUGCUGACUGACGAGCAGGUCAUAGCCAACACUGGCGAGUUCUUCAGGAACCAGGGCAGACAGGUGUUCCUGUAUGCUCCGCCCCUCUGCCCCCCCUCCCUCUUUGAGCUGAUGAUGCGUUGCUGGAGGCGGGACAUCCCUGACAGGCCCACCUUUGAGGGUCUCUACCAGGCCCUCAAGCCUCACGUCAGCCAGUGAGUCCCCACUAGUCCCCACUAGUCCCCACUAGUCCCCACUCGCUGACCUUCAACAAGGACAAGAAAAACUCUUUCAUUUUUGGGGGGUUUUUAUUCUCCUCCUUUUGGCCCUAAAGUGGCUUCCUUAUUCCUGUGGUUCUUCUUCUACUACUUCUACUUCUUCUUCUUCUUCUUGUAAAGCACUGUGUGUGUGUGUGUGUGUGUGUGUGUGUGUGUGUGUGUGUGUGUGUGUGUGUGUGUGUGUCUGUGUGUCUGUGUGUGUGUCUGUGUGUGUGUGUGUGUGUGUGUGUGUGUGUGUGUGUGUGUGUCUGUGUGUGUGUGUGUGUGUGUGUGUCUGUGUGUGUGUCUGUGUGUGUCAGUUCUUCACUAACCACACUGGAGCCAGGAUUCAUGUAUUCAUGUCACACAGCAAGGUGUCAUGUAUUCAUCACGUCACUCUCAAUGCUAGUAGUACUGUCUAGUCACUAGUAGUUUAGGGUUAGGUCACAUACUACAUCUAGGACACAUGUUCUAGUGAGAUGAGUUAAGGUCACAUACUACAUCUAGGACACAUGUUCUAGUGUGAUGAGUUAAGAUCACAUACUACAUCUAGGACACAUGUUCUAGUGAGAUGAGUUAAGGUCACAUACUACAUCUAGGACACAUGUUCUAGUGAGAUGAGUUAAGGUCACAUACUACAUCUAGGACACAUGUUCUAGUGAGAUGAGUUAAGGUCACAUACUACAUCUAGGACACAUGUUCUAGUGAGAUGAGUUAAGGUCACAUACUACAUCUAGGACACAUGUUCUAGUGAGAUGAGUUAAGGUCACAUACUAUAUCUAGGACACGUGUUCUAGUGUGAUAAGUUAAGAUCACAUAGUACAUCUAGGACACAUGUUCUAGUGAGAUGAGUUAAGGUCACAUACUACAUCUAGGACACAUGUUCUAGUGAGAUGAGUUAAGGUCACAUACUACAUCUAGGACACAUGUUCUAGUGAGAUGAGUUAAGGUCACAUACUACAUCUAGGACACAUGUUCUAGUGGUCACAUACUACAUCUAGGACACAUGUUCUAGUGAGAUGAGUUAAGGUCACAUACUACAUCUAGGACACAUAUUCUAGUGUGAUAAGUUAAGAUCACAUACUACAUCUAGGACACAUGUUCUAGUGAGAUGAGUUAAGGUCACAUACUACAUCUAGGACACAUGUUCUAGUGGUCACAUACUACGCUAGGACACAUGUUCUAGUGAGAUGAGUUAAGGUCACAUACUACAUCUAGGACACAUAUUCUAGUGUGAUAAGUUAAGAUCAUGUACUACAUCUAGGACACAUGUCUAGUGUGAUAAGUUAAGAUCAUGUACUACAUCUAGGACACACGUGCUAGUGAGAUGAGUUAAGGUCACAUACUACAUCUAAGUCACAUGUUCUAGUGAGAUGAGUUAAGGUCACAUACUACAUCUAGGACACAUGUUCUAGUGAGAUGAGUUAAGGUCACAUAGUACAUCUAGGACACAUGUCCUAGUGUGAUAAGUUAAGAUCACAUACUACAUCUAGGACACAUGUGCUAGUGUGAUGAGUUAAGAUCACAUACUACAUCUAGGACACAUGUUCUAGUGAGAGGAGUUAAGGUCACAUAGUACAUCUAGGACACAUGUACUAGUGAGAUGAAUUAAGGUCACAUACUACAUCUAGGACACAUGUUCUAGUGAGAUGAAUUAAGGUCACAUACUACAUCUAGGACACAUGUUCUAGUGGUCACAUACUACAGCUAGGACACAUGUUCUAGUGAGAUGAGUUAAGGUCACAUACUACAUCUAGGACACAUGGUCUAGUGAGAUGAGUUAAGGUCACAUACAUGGAAAAGGUAAGUCGGUUUAACAACAAAUAUUCUAAUUGUGAUGAUUUGUGUGCUUGUUUAGUCUGAUUUUUCCUCUAGUACAUAGUACACAUGCAUUGUACAUAGCAUAGUACCAAUAGUGUAUAUUAAUAUAUGUUCUAAUCUCAUCUUGGAAUAAAUACACACUUUGACUCUCA